UAAGAAAAUUAACCAUUAAACUUAACUUUAAAAUCAAAAUGGGUUUAAAGCUUUUCCUCAAAAAUGUCCGAGUACAUAUUUAUGUUAUUUAACAACAAUUUAACAUGUCUUGAAGCCCGAAUAUUGACCUAUCCCAAAAAAGAUUUAGUUCCCGUCAUCGCGUGCUAAAUGGUAAGAAACUUGGGUCACUGGCACAGAUUCCCCUCGAGUUUCCCGUCUUCCCCCUUUUACAUCCACUCACUUCCAGAACUUUUGUUGACCCAACAGAUUAGCAGCUAAUGGGAGAGCACUCUCACAGUAAUUCCCGCCAACUCAGGCAUUAACAAUUACCUCUCGUUAGGAAGAAAUCAAUGAAGAUGAGAGUGAGAAAAAGUGUGAAGUUCUGCAUAUUAAUAAGCCCAUAAAGUUGGACAAAUAUGGUGAGGUAAAUGCUUCGACUUCGUUCAGUUCGUUUCAGUUUUAAAUCCCAGUUCGUUGCGAACAGAACAGAUAUUUGAGCAAUGGGAAAUGCUGGACAUUUUGUGGUCGUUUUGCAGGCAGUUUGUUUGUGGCUCGCUGCAGCAAAGCUGAAAUCGUCUGAUUAUAGGGCUGGUUCUAAGGACUAUAAUGCCGCUGCAGACAACAAUCAAUUGCAGGAGGAGGCAAUGGAGGUGGCUAUGGCGAUGGCAAAGACGAAUCGCAAUGCUCAACCCGCAGUGCAAGUAAAAGUGACAAAUGAAGUGGAAAGUGCCCUCAGAAUGGGAACAAUGAUGAUGCGGAUGAGAAAUCGGGGCGGUGAGCGGUGGAUGGGAUGGCAGACGAACUACUUUGACACACAAAUGCCGCUGCUGUCGUCUGGCCUAAUGAGUCCCGGCUGGCUGCCAAUAUUGAAUGAGCAGCAGGAGGUGGAGCAGCAUCCUGAGCAGGGCCAUAACUUGGCCAACGGACCCAGUUCGGUUGAACAGCAAUUACUCCGCCUGCAGACGGACUACAAAUUGCUGUACAAUGCCGAGCAUCACACCUAUUUCCACCUGCACACCAUGCGCAUCCCAGAGGACACCAUCAUCCGACCAGGACCAUCGAAAUCCGAGGAGCCACCGCAUCGCAGGCUGUUCCAGCAGGUCGUGGGCAACACACUGACCGCCGCCUUUGGCCUGAAUGUGAUGAACAAGGGCCAGGUGGAGGGGCAAGUGGAUGGGGGCCAGGCGGAGGUCAUCAUCACAACCGAACAGGUGAAUCUCUACGAUGCCGCCUCGCUGCGCCGGUCGCGCUUCAGUCCCUUCAAUCCCACACGAAUUCUCAUUCAUGGAUGGUUGGGCAACGAAAAUGCCAAUAUGUACAGCGCCCUAAUACCUGCCUAUCUAGAUCUCAAGAAUGGCAACUACAAUAUCUUCACCGUCGACUGGGGUCGUGGAGCCAUAGCGGACUAUAUAACGGCCAGCUAUAGGGUCAAGCCAGUGGGCAAGGUGUUGGCCAAGUUCGUGGACUUUCUGCACCAAGAGGCGGGACUUCGCUUUGAGGAUCUCCAGCUGGUGGGAUUCAGCAUGGGAGCCCAUGUGGCAGGACUGGCUGGGAAGCAUCUACAGACCGGUCGUCUUCGGAUGAUCCGGGCUUUGGAUCCCGCACUGCCCUUCUUUCGAUAUGCCAAGGAAGAGGAGCGAUUGACCGCCCAGGAUGCCGACUAUGUGGAGGUAUUGCACACCAGUGUGGGCAGCUAUGGCUUCGAUCGACCUCUGGGUCAUGCGGACUUCUAUGCCAAUUGGGGCAGCCAGCAGCCAGGUUGUUUUUGGCAUGAAUGCAGCCAUUGGAGGGCUUUUAUGCUCUUUGCCGAGAGUCUCUUAAGGGAUCGCAAUAUGGGUUUCUUAUCCCAGGGCUGUCCAUCUGGUGAAUGGCAGCAGUUGACCCGCUUCCGCCGCUGCCCAAAGGAUACGGGAAUUAUCCAGACCAUGGGCGGUGAUUUGGCCAACGUUUCGGCGGAUUUCUUGGCCCAAAGACAGGGUGUCUAUUAUUUUCAAACAAACGACCAGCCACCCUAUGUUUUAGCACAAAAUGCCAGUUCGCAAAAGGGUGGCACAAAUAAAUAAAGAGAGAAAUGGCUGAGAGAACGUAAUGAGCAAAAUGCAAGUGCAGUUCGCGUUUUUAUUUCUAAUUAGUAAGUGCAUGUGUACUACACACACUCAUGUGGGUGUAUUUGUGUUGUCCCAUUUCUAAAAGCCGGCUGGCAAAAUUAAAAAAUGCUGCCAUGUGUAAAAUGCUUUUCAUGCCAGUCGCAGGCAGUAAAAAUAGCAAAAAAAAAAAAACAGAAAAGGGAGUAAAAUUUAUGAAAACAUCCAUGCAGGAAAUAUAAGGACGAACACAAGAGCCGUGUGUAGUUCAGUCUGGAAAAUCAACUAGAAAUAGGUAUGACCAAAAAAAAGGGCCCCAAAACUAAUCCUCUUUAACGAGACAAC